AUGGUCCAGUUUCUCGUCCCCCAGGUCACAGCGAAGCGUGUUGGUGCUGGCUCUGAGCUAGACUCCCGCCCGAGAAAGGAGUGUACCCAGGAGAGCUUGAUGCUGGAAGCACUCUGUUCCCUCCCCGCAAACCCACCCGCGGCUGGCUGGGCCAACCGCCUGGGGCAUGGGCCCUCCGACACGGCUCCUGGAGGCCCUGCGGCGCUGCAAGAUCCCCAGAUCAACAGCAGGAACGCUGGCCAGGGCGAGAGGAACUUUAACGAGGCCGGACUAAGCAUGAACACCCACUUUAAGGCUCCGGCUUUCCACGCGGGGGGACCUCCUGGCCCCGUGGACCCUGCCAUGAGCGCGCUGGGCGAGCCCCCGAUCCUGGGCAUGAACAUGGAGCCGUAUGGCUUCCACGCGCGCGGCCACUCGGAGUUGCACGCGGGGGGGCUGCAGGCGCAGCCGGUGCACGGAUUCUUUGGAGAGAGCCUGGGGCCUGAGAGCUUCGCCCCGCAGCGACCCGGGAACCUCCCGGACUUUCACAGUUCGGGCGCCUCGGGCCACGCCGUGCCGGCCCCGUGCUUGCCGCUGGACCAGAGCCCUAACCGAGCCGCCUCCUUCCACGGCCUCCCCGCCUCCAGCGGCUCUGAUUCCCACAGUCUGGAGAACCGGAGGGUGGCGAACCAAGGAGCCGUCGACUCGCUGGAAUACAAUUACCCGGGCGAGGCGCCCUCGGGACAUUUCGACAUGUUUUCGCCCUCCGAUUCCGAGGGGCAGUUGCCUCAUUAUGCGGCGGGUCGCCAGGUUCCCGGGGGCUCUUUCCCGGGUGCCUCGGCUAUGCCCAGAGCUGCAGGCAUGGUGGGCUUGUCCAAAAUGCACGCCCAGCAGCAGCAGCAACAGCAGCAGCAGCAGCAGCAGCAGCAACAACAGCAGCAGCACGGCGUUUUCUUCGAGAGGUUCGGCGGGGCCCGCAAGAUGCCGGUGGGCUUGGAGCCGGGAGUAGGCUCCAGGGCGGGCACACCCAGCGGCAGCCUGCAGGACGGGGGGCCCAUGCUGCCCAGCCAACACGCGCAGUUCGAGUACCCCAUCCACAGGCUGGAGAACCGGAGCAUGCACCCUUAUUCGGAGCCCGUGUUCAACAUGCAGCAUCCUCCUCCCCAGCAGGCGCCCAACCAGCGGCUGCAGCAUUUCGACGCGCCCCCCUACAUGAACGUGGCCAAGAGGCCGCGCUUUGACUUCCCGGGCAGCGCGGGAGUGGACCGCUGCGCUUCGUGGAACGGCAGCAUGCACAACGGCGCGCUGGACAACCACCUCUCGCCCUCGGCCUAUUCGGGCCUCCCCGGCGAGUUCACACCGCCGGUUCCUGACAGCUUCCCCUCCGGGCCACCCCUGCAGCACCCGGCCCCGGACCACCAGUCCCUGCAGCAGCAGCAGCAGCAGCAACAGCAGCAGCAGCAGCAGCAGCAGCGCCAAAAUGCGGCCCUCAUGAUUAAGCAGAUGGCUUUCCAGUCCAGCCAGCGCCCCUCGGCCAGUAAGCUGGGCGCGCUCUCGCUGGGCUCCUUCAACAAGCCCAGCUCCAAGGACAACCUGUUCGGCCAGAGCUGCCUGGCUGCGCUCUCCACCGCCUGCCAGAACAUGAUCGCCAGCCUCGGGGCCCCCAACCUCAACGUGACCUUUAACAAGAAGAACCCGCCCGAGGGGAAGAGGAAAUUGAGCCAGAACGAGACCGACGGCGGCGCGGCCGUGGCCGGCAACCCGGGCUCGGAUUACUACCCCGGAGGGACUGCUCCGGGGGCCCCAGGGCCCGGAGGCCCUGCAGGGACCAGUAGCAGUGGCAACAAAACCUCGGGGCCUCCCAACCCUCCCUCCCAGGGGGACAGCACCAGCCUCUCCCCAAACUACACCCUGGAAUCCACGUCGGGGAACGAUGGCAAGCCGGUCUCCGGGGGCGGUGGCCGGGGCCGGGGUCGCAGAAAAAGGGACAGUGGUCACGUGAGCCCAGGGACCUUUUUCGACAAGUACUCCGCGGCACCGGACAGCGGGGGCGCGCCCGGGGGGAAAGGGGCCGAAUUGCUCCUGGGGGACCAGCCGGACCUCAUGGCGUCCCUGGAUGGCGGAGCCAAGUCCGACGGGAGUUCCCCGCACGUGGGCGAGUUCGCCUCCGACGAGGUGAGCACCAGCUACGCCAACAACGAGGACGAAGUGUCAUCCAGCUCUGACAACCCCCAGGCCCUGGCCAAAGCGAGUAGGAGCCCCCUGGUGACAGGUUCGCCUAAACUCCCUCCCCGGGGGGUGGGCGCAGGGGAACACGGACCCAAGGCGCCCCCGCCCCCGCUCGGCCUAGGCAUCAUGUCUACCUCUGCCUCGACCCCGCUGACUUACUCGUACUCGGUGUUUGGUUUGGGCGAGAUGAGUGAGGUGUGCUGGACAAUGGUUUACGGAACGACGAGCAGCAGCGGGGCGCCGCCGCCCGACGAGAUCCACCCCCUGGAGAUCCUCCAGGCACAGAUCCAGCUGCAGAGGCAGCAGUUCAGCAUCUCCGAGGACCAGCCCCUGGGGCUCAAGGGGGGCAAGAAGGGCGAGUGCGCUGUGGGGGCGUCGGGCGCCCAGAACGGAGACAGCGAGCUGGGCAGCUGCUGCUCGGAGGCUGUCAAGAGCGCCAUGAGCACCAUCGACCUGGACUCCCUGAUGGCAGAGCACAGCGCCACCUGGUACAUGCCCGCAGACAAGACCCUGGUGGACGGUGCCGAGGACGACAAAACGCUGGCGCCCUGGGAGAAGGCCAAACCCCAGAACCCCAGCAGCAAAGAAGCCCACGACCUCCCCGCGAACAAGGCCUCCGCAGCCCAGCCCGGCAGCCAUUUGCAGUGCCUGUCUGUCCACUGCACAGACGACGUGGGCGAUGCCAAGGCCCGAGCCUCCGUGCCCACCUGGCGGUCCCUGCACUCUGAUAUCUCCAACAGAUUCGGGACAUUCGUGGCCGCCCUAACUUGAAUCGACAAGAAUGCCCCCUCCCCCGCCA